AUAAACCUUUCGGUAUUUAAAGUCUCGAUAACAUCUUCUUCCACAAGUCUCUCUCUCUCUCUUUCUCUUCCAUAGAAAAACUAUGAAGAAGCUCUACAGAAAAGGAACCGUACACCCGUCGCCGCCGCAGAUAAAAUCCGACGACCACCUUCUCCCUCUUCUUCCCGUCGCCAUCUUCUCACUCGCGGCGGUUCUCUCCCCGGAAGACCGUGAGGUUUUGGCCUAUCUCAUAUCAACCGCAUCUUACUCCGGCGACCGAAACCCUACCUCUCGUCUGAAUAAGACCAAAGCUCACAAGAAAGCCCACUUUGACAAUCACUCGCCUCUCUUCCACUGUGACUGCUUUAGCUGCUACACGAGUUACUGGGUCAGAUGGGACUCGUCACCGAGUCGUCAGCUUAUCCAUGAAAUCAUCGACGCUUUCGAAGAUAGCUUGGAGAAGAAGAGGAAGAAGAACGUUACUGGUAAGAAAGAUCGAAGAAAGCGUUCAGGGAAGUCUUCUUCACUUAUUGCUAGUUCUAGCUUUAGUACGGAAGAAUCAGAGAUUCCGAGUCGACUCGGCGAUACAGUUGUGAAUUCGUGUCCGUGUUCAAGUUCGAGCGAGUUGGCUCAAGAUGGUGGUGGCUGCAACGGCGGUAUGGAGCCAACAGAGGAUUUUUGUGGCGGAGACGCUCGUGAGGAGGCGGAGGAGGAGAAAGGAACCGUGAGGAGAUUUGUGAGUUUCAUUGGUGAUAGAGUUUUUGGUGUUUGGGGAUAAGAAAAUUUUGCUAAAGAAAAUUACAAGAAAUAAAAUGCUAGAAAUGUU